GGGAGGGGUUCUUUACCAGGUCCGGCAGCUGAAGCUCGGUGCUCGGGUUACCCCUGCAGCGACGCCCCCUGGUCCCACCGAUACCACUGCUGCUCCCGCCCCUUGGCUCCUCGGCCGCGCAAUGGGCACCCGCGACGACGAGUACGACUACCUCUUCAAAGUUGUCCUUAUUGGAGAUUCUGGUGUUGGAAAGAGUAAUCUCCUGUCUCGAUUUACCCGAAAUGAGUUUAAUCUUGAAAGCAAGAGCACCAUUGGAGUAGAAUUUGCAACUAGAAGUAUCCAGGUUGAUGGUAAAACAAUAAAGGCACAGAUUUGGGAUACGGCAGGACAAGAGCGAUACCGAGCUAUAACAUCAGCCUACUAUCGUGGAGCUGUAGGUGCCUUAUUGGUUUAUGACAUUGCUAAACAUCUUACGUAUGAAAAUGUAGAGCGAUGGCUGAAAGAGCUGAGAGAUCAUGCUGAUAGUAACAUUGUUAUCAUGCUUGUGGGAAACAAGAGUGAUUUGCGUCAUCUCAGGGCAGUUCCUACAGAUGAAGCAAGAGCAUUUGCAGAAAAGAAUGGUUUGUCUUUCAUUGAGACGUCGGCUCUAGACUCUACAAAUGUAGAAGCUGCUUUUCAGACAAUUCUGACAGAGAUAUACCGCAUUGUUUCCCAGAAGCAAAUGUCAGACAGACGUGAAAAUGACAUGUCUCCAAGCAACAAUGUGGUUCCUAUUCAUGUUCCACCAACCACUGAAAACAAGCCAAAGGUGCAGUGCUGUCAGAACAUAUAAGGCGUUUGUCUUCUCCCCUAGAAGGCUGUGUAUAGUCCAUUUCCCAGGUCUGAGAUUUAAAUAUAUUUGUAAUUCUUGUGGUCACUUUUGUGUUUUAUUACUUCCUCAUACUUAAUGAUUUUUUCCCAUGUCUUAAGUCUUUGAUUUUGCUUUAUAAAAUCAUCCACUUGUCCCGAAUGACUGCAGCUUUUUUUCAUGCGAUGGCUUCACUAGCCUUAGUUUAAUAAACUGAAUGUUUGGAUUCCCAGUUAUUGUUUACUUUUCAUCAUGGAAGCCUGUCACUGUAGAACUUGAUCACUUGAAGCUCAGACCUAGGUCUUGAUCAAAUCAAACUAAGACUUUAGAAAUAAGCUAUCAUUUUGCCACAGAGCAACUUAUAAUUAAUACACUCUUCUCUCAGUGCAGUGUAUAUUUUCACAGAUCUAGGAAUUGCCCUGUAAUCAUAGAACGAUUUUGAGAGCUUGAAAAUUUUCCAUUCUGGAAGUCGAUUUCUAAAAUGCCUUAAUAGGGUUAUGUAGCUUAAUAAAUUUUGUUUUUUAAUUUUUGUAAGCAUCAAAGUUGAUUAGUGAAGGGGGCACUUUUCUGGACAAGAAUUACCAACACAAAAAGACUGUCGUGGUUGCAGUAGCUCUACGGUUAUGGGGCCAUGUGGUACAUAAUGCUGCCUGGCAGGCGGGAAUUGCUGAGACCGGUGGAGCCCACCUGGGGCGCCUCUGGCAGCAGUUAGGCAACCCAGACUGUUCAGCUGAUUUCCCAGCAGUAGAUUAGGUGGCAUUUCAUUGCCCUGGCAAUAACUGAUUCAAUGCUCGUCGUAUCAGAGUUAAUUUUGUUUUAAAAACCUCCCAGUAAGUGAAAUGCAACUUAGUUUUAUUAUCAUAUCCACCAGCAAGCAUGGAUAAUAUUUUAACAAAGCUGAUUUUUGAGUUUUGCAGUUAUAUUAAGGAAUAUAGUCAGGUUAAAUAUCUGAUUUCAGUAUGUCUAAAGAAUACAGUAAGAGGUUAAUUUCUGCUCAAGUAUUACCACUUAAUGGCAUGUAUUCUUUUAGUAUGUAAGAUGAAAUAGUACCUUGAGUUUAAAUAGAAUGUAUUUAGGCAUUGUACAAACCUCAGAUAAUUUUCUUCCACUACAUUAUUGAAAUCAAUGGAGCAACUAGUUUCUCAUUCAGAAAUGUGCACACUAAUAUUUUGUUUUACUUUCUUGUGGAUAAUAUUAAGCACUAAAUUCUGCAGUGUUCUGAAAGUUGUGUUAACUGAAGUGAUACUAUUCAGGAUGGUGAUAUAUCACAAAAAUAUGUGUGUGGGCUUGCAUAGAUUACUAUGUUUCAUAGUUAAUAUUUUUUCUUGCGGUGCUCAUGACGUGUGGGGCACACGGAAGGCAUUGCUGUGGUCAGUCAUUUUAGUUUUCUUCUGUAGCCAUUUUAUUUUAGUGUAUUGGUUAUAAAGCUACUAUUAUCUGUUUGUAAAUUGCUACUUUGUAUUUUAAAAAGCAUGCUCUGUAACUUGAUUUUUUUUCUUUUUUUUUAGUUACUGAUUUGGAAUAUGUUCACAUUCUAAUAAACAGUUAUGGGGGGACUGUUCUUUAUGUUGUCACAUUACAUUUUUCCUGAGUGUUUUGGAUGUAGUCGUGCAAUAUUGGAUCUGCUUAGUAAUAGCAUAGGUUCCUUGCAUUACAGAGUAAACAUUGAAUUGGAUGUAUUACUGUGUGAAUUUAGCUUUGAUUUUAGAUACGUACUUCAAUUAUUUUUUGCUUGGAAAAAGUAUUACCAAAAAUAUCAGGAAAGUAUUCUUUUGUCAUCAGACCCAACCAGUUCUAUCACCAUUUUACCCAAAAUUAGCAAUGAAUUUUUUUUACAGAAUUAAUAAAGGAGAAACUAGGCAGUAAAUUGAAAGUAAAUAGUUUUGAUUUUUUUUUUUUGGCCACAUGCAGACUUAAUGUUGCCUUGAACAUUGUUGGAUCUUGAAAGAAUUCUGAGAACCUUAAGUAGCAGUAGUAGAAAAUGACUUUGCAUUUCAACAAGUUUAUUCAUUCUGAAUAGUAUCUUAAUGAAAUAAACUGAAAUAAAUAUUAAUUUUUUAAAUAUAAUAUAGGGCCCACGGCACUUUAAAAGUGUAUUGCUGCUUGGUCUUUUAGUUAUUUAGCAAUGAAAUUUUAAACUUUUGUAUUCUGAGAGUUUAGCCAUCUCAAUUUGAUUUCAGUUUGUACAUCACUAUUCUUAUGUUCUUUUUCUCUCAUUAUUCUGAAAGGUAAAUUAUGUUUUGCCACUGCAUUGAGUAGGAUGAAUUCUUAAAAGAAGUGCUAGCUAGUCAUUUAAAUUCUUCAUAGUUUUGCAAAAAAGUUGGACUUUAUAAAGUUCGGAUUGCCAUUUCAGAGCUAAUCACUUAUUUAACCCCGGGAAAGUGAACAUCUUACUGUUUGCAGUGAUUUGUAUUUACAAAUCACUCAUUGGAGUGACCUAUGUGAUAAUUUCUUUUUACCUUAAAGAGAAAAAGCUGUUGACAAUUUUGGGCAAAAUUAGGAGCAGAAUAAUUCAGACUGGGUGGAAAGUUGAGAAUUUAAUUUCAACCUCUUAGGUUUUGAUUUAUAGGUAUAUUUUGAACAGAAGAGACGAGUAGACUUUGGCUGUUUGAUGUGUCACAAAUAUCAUAAGCUUGAAAAUGUUUAAAAAAAUACAGUUUUAUGUAAGUGCAAGUACAUGAUACUGUGUGGAGGAAAAAAUAUGAAAGGAGAAUAUUCUGUUACAUCAUUUAGUGGGUUAGUGCUAAAGAGAAGAAAGUGGAUUUUUGUUUUCUUGCUUGUGGCAGUGCUGGUACCACACUCGUUUCUGGGAUUUGACAGGCCACCUUUUCUACUUGCCUAUACUAUAUUGAAAAUAAAUUGGGAUUGUCAUUCUGAUGUUUUAAAGAAUGGUUAUACUUCCCCUCCAAAAUGUAGGAGGCUAUUAACAAAUUACACAAAAUGCUAACUAAGGUCAUUAGUUUAUGGAGAGAAAACCAUUAGAUUGAGACAUAAAGUUAAUUAAAAUACUUUCUUGAAUAUUAAAGGAAGGAUGAAGACUAUUUGAAAAGACAUUGCAUAUAUGGACUAUAUUAAAAAAUAUGCUAAGCUUUGUGAGUUAAAAGAUUGAAAGUGGUAGGUAAUAUAGAGCACUUGACUGGAGUUUUAGUCAUAGCUAGUCUGGUCCUUUUAUCUCAUACUCUUCCAGCUAAUGGGGGACUGGGUUAGAUAAUUUCUGGGGUUUCAUCCCAGCUCAAAUUCAGUAAUUCUGUAAAUGAAUUCUUUUCAGGUACCAAAGACAAAUCAUUAUAUAGUCUAAUUGAAAUUUAAAUUUGAUACAUAAAUGUUUUUGGUCUUUAUAAUUUGAUUAAACUGCUAUCUUUGUUUUCAUGUUAAUUACAUUAGAAAAGAAGAAAGCUUUCAGAAUAUUUGUAAAAAGACUGUCAGUUUCAGUCACAUGAUCAAAGUGUACCAUAUGUGCUUGGGGGCUUGUUGGGUGGUUCUGUCAAUUGUACAUUGUUUUUUCUUUUACUAUUGAAAAAACUUCUGGCUUUGAAUAUACACUUAAAAAUAUAUUUGUCUGGGAGAGAGCA